CGCCGUGUCUCGCGGUAAUUGGGCCGUUUCCUCCGCCGGCGUGAGGAGACCCGGGCUCUCGGGAGCCUUGGUUGCGCUUCGCCCUCGCCGCCCCCGCGCCGCAGCGGGCUCGCAGCCUUCCGCGCCCCUCCCGCUGCAGCGCGACGCCCAGGGCCAAAAUGAGUCUGUUUGGAACAACCUCAGGUUUUGGAACUAGUGGGACCAGCAUGUUUGGCAGCACAACCACAGAUAAUCACAACCCAAUGAAGGAUAUUGAAGUGACGUCCUCUCCUGAUGAUAGCAUUGGUUGUCUAUCUUUUAGCCCACCCACCUUGCCGGGGAACUUUCUUAUUGCAGGAUCGUGGGCUAAUGAUGUUCGCUGCUGGGAAGUUCAAGACAGUGGACAGACUAUUCCAAAAGCCCAGCAGAUGCACACGGGGCCUGUCCUGGACGUCUGCUGGAGUGACGAUGGGAGCAAAGUAUUUACAGCAUCAUGUGAUAAAACUGCCAAAAUGUGGGACCUCAACAGUAAUCAGGCGAUACAGAUUGCACAGCAUGACGCUCCCGUUAAAACCAUACAUUGGAUCAAAGCACCGAGCUACAGCUGUGUGAUGACUGGGAGCUGGGAUAAGACCUUGAAGUUUUGGGAUACACGAUCCUCAAAUCCUAUGAUGGUUUUGCAACUCCCGGAAAGGUGUUACUGUGCUGACGUGAUAUAUCCUAUGGCCGUGGUGGCAACCGCGGAGAGGGGACUGAUCGUCUACCAAUUAGAGAGCCAACCUUCUGAGUUCAGGAGGAUAGAGUCGCCACUGAAGCAUCAGCAUCGAUGUGUGGCUAUUUUUAAGGACAAACAGAACAAGCCAACUGGUUUUGCUCUGGGCAGCAUCGAGGGGAGAGUCGCUAUUCACUACAUCAACCCCCCAAACCCUGCCAAAGAUAACUUCACCUUCAAAUGUCAUCGAUCGAAUGGAACCAAUACUUCAGCUCCUCAGGACAUCUAUGCGGUAAAUGGAAUCGCAUUCCAUCCUGUUCAUGGCACCCUUGCAACCGUGGGAUCUGAUGGUAGAUUCAGCUUUUGGGACAAAGAUGCCAGAACAAAACUAAAAACUUCGGAACAGUUGGAUCAGCCGAUAGCAGCUUGCUGCUUCAACCACAAUGGAAACAUAUUUGCGUAUGCUUCCAGCUACGACUGGUCGAAGGGACAUGAAUUUUAUAAUCCCCAGAAGAAAAAUUACAUUUUCCUGCGUAAUGCAGCUGAAGAGCUAAAACCCAGGAACAAGAAGUAGUGGCCAGAGACUUCUGGGUUGGCCAGAGUUGUUUUCUCUCUGCUCUGCCUCGUCUCUGUACGAAUUGGGUCCCAGCUUUUGGUGGGUUGUAAGCCAUGGAGAAAACGACGCUAUUGUUCAGCAGUCAGGAGCCCCGCCAGCCGCGGCGACGGCCGUCUCUCCAUUCCACUGCCCGUUACAGACGUCCUCUGUAACUCUAAGGAGACUGAAGUCAUUACAGAAGUUAGAGUCUUGUGGGCCACUGCCAGGUAUUUUGCAGCACUUCAUUCGGCCGUGUACAUGUUAGAGAACAUUGGGAAGCAGUCUGUGAACCUGUACUGUAUUUUGUAAUAAAAUAUUUUGACGAUUG